AUGGCGUCGAUCUACACCUGCAACGAAUGCGGCACCAAUCUCAGCCUUCAUUCCGCUAAUCUCUUCCCUCCCGACUUCUACUUUGAGGCUGGCAACAAAGGCACUCUCUCUUUCGCAGCCAUCGACUCCUCCAAAUUCAGAUUCGUCAAAGAAGAUAAGAUCAGACCCUUUUUCGAGACAAUUAAUUACUGGGGGAUUCAGAGAAAACGAACUAAACUUCUUUGCAAUAGUUGCGGUCGGCUCGUCGGGUAUCUUUACGAUGAUGGCCCGCCGAUGAUGACUGGAACGGGGCAGUUUGGAUUUGGACCCAGUCAGGCUAUUCCUAGGGCUCCAAGGUAUCGAUUUAAGACCAAGGCGCUAAGGAUUACUUCGGAAACUUGA